GAUAAUAGUGAAUUUAACUUUUAAUUAGCAUGCCUGCUCCACCGUCACAGCGUAUACGGUGAUAAUUUGCACAAAUCGUUUAUGUAAGCAAAACAGUUAAAAUGGAAAUCUGUCGCGAAGCCGCUUAGUUAGUUUCUGUUAGAAUUAAGCGAUACGUGCGGGAAUUUAAAAAAAAUCGCAACUACCGUCUGGUUACUUUAAAAUUUUUCAAAUUAAUUUUUACUAAGUAACUCGAAGCCGUAAAACUAUCCUUAUCUAAAACGUGUAGAAUGUGCAUGUUUCAUUAAAUUAUUUCGACUAUAAUUUUACAGGAAAAGCGCUUUAGUUUUAUAAAAGUUUUAAUAAAGAAAGCGAACGAGGCUCCUGGGGAAGAAAUAUAAUUAAGAAUUAAAAUGGACACCGUAAAAGAGGAAAAGAGUGCUGAAGAAGGAGACCGGGAAUUACAGCCGUUAAUUGAAGGUCCAGAGAAUACAAUUUCCAAUCCCGCUAAUGUAAUAAAUAGUCAUUCCCUUGACGUAGAUGGGUUACAUUAUGAUCAUGCAACGUACUCCCGGCGAUCGUCUGCUAUCAUAGCUGCAUUAAGGAGGCCAUCUCAAGCAAUUGCCUUAUCUGCGGCUCAUGCGGUAAUGCACCAAAGAAGAGCUUUACUGAGAGUUAUCGAAAAUCCUGAUUACAAUCCCGAGACACGAGAAGCAAAGCUCGACGAGAACGAGGAGACGAAUCACACGCUUCAUAAGCCAAGAGAGAGUUUCAAUGCAUCUACUACCAUUCUGUCAGCGCUAUACGGGAAACUGUUAGUUAUCCUAGGAAUUGCAAUUCCGAUCACAGACACAAUUUCACCGGACGCAAAUUUUUCGUUCUACCAAGGCUUUUAUUUGUAUUUAUACUUCGGAAGCAUCGGUUUCGUUGCUUAUAUGUACAUUACGUUAGUAAAGGAGAAGGCAAUCUUUUCCAUCAUGAAAGCAUAUCGCAAAGAAAGUAGAAGCUUUAUCAAGAAGAAUACACUGUCUGUGGGGCGGUUGUGGCAUUCUAAAGCUGAGCGAUACGGAAGUCUGUACCUGAGACUGGGAGCGAUCGCCUUCGGUAUCGGAAGCAUGGUGUACUCUGGAUUAGAGUUUGCUCAUUACUUCGAACUGGGAAAUAACCAGGAUUGUCAUUCCAACGUCCUGCAGGCCGUCACUCCCGCCUCCCGAAUGCUAUUAACUUUAGUGCAAAUUCAAUUUAUAUUUCUGAACAGCAAGGAUAUCGAGCUGGACCGUCACAAAAUUGUUGCGAGAUUCGGCCUGAUGCAUAUGAUUGCAACUAAUCUGUGCGAGUGGCUGUACGUUCUCGUAGAGGAGACAAAGCAUGAAAUUGCGCACUUGGCAGACGUUUCGAAUAACACAUCAUUGAUACUACACGAUAAUCUUUGCUUGUCGGGAUUGGCUAUGGGUUCCGUAGUGAAGAGUGCCAGCACUUUUCUUUUUCCCUGCACUAUUGAAUACAGCCUUAUUUGUGCUGUUAUCUUAUACGAGAUGUGGAAAAAAGUAGAAAGAAUUCGCAAGGGCGACCUGCACAAAAAUGCUUCGGGUAUCAAUCUGGAAAAAACCCAUCAACAUCAGCAAAAUCCUGCAGGCAUCUUCGAGCAUCCCCAUCCAAAAUCAAGUCAUCACAUUUCAAUAGACUGCUCGAAUGCGCACAAAGGCUUAUUUGCCGGCAUUCUUGUAAUCGUAUUAACAAUAAUCUCAUUGAUCAUAUUCUUCGUAUUGAACAAUGAGAAUGGAAUUACUGAACAACAGAAACUUUUAAACCGAGCCAUCGCGAAAAUCGAGGUGAAUGUGGUGGAAAUGAUAUUGUACCUCACCAGCAUAUUUGCGGUCGUGCUCGCCAUGUACCGCAUGAAAAAUCUUAAGUACAUUCGAAAAUCUGGAGGUGAAGGGGCGGGCGUCUUAGACAUCACCCUGCUGGUCGUUGCUCAAGCGGGAAUGUUUAUUUACUGCAUGUUUUCAAUAAUCGGGUGCUAUUAUAUGAUAGCAGUUAAUUCUCCGAUACCACUUUUGACUGAAGUAUUUUCAUUUAUUCAAACGUGCCUACAAACGAUGUUGGUCCUUGAUGGAUGGUGGCGCCGCUGUCGAAAUUUAGAACAAACGAAACGCAAACCCGGCAGAGAACUCGUGACAUUUUUAAUUAUCGCUAACAUGGCAAUGUGGACGAUAAGUGCUAUGGAAAAGAAUAGGGCAGAAUUUCGACCGACGCUCUUACAGUUCUUUGGAAAUUGGGCCUGGACAAUUAUCACGCAUAUUUCUAUGCCCUUAGCGAUUUUCUAUAGAUUUCAUUCGACUAUUUGUCUGUUUGAAAUUUGGAAGUCUGCUUAUAAAAUCAAAGGGCCCUACGGAAAGCAUCCGUUAUUGCCUUAUUUGCAAACUUAAAUUAAAUCUAAACUUCAAAGGAUUCAUGGCACAUAAAAAUAAAUUCAACCCAAGUUUACUGAAAUUGCUUCUGACAUUCCAACACUUCAUUAACAUUUAAGAAAACUUUGUCUAUAAUGUCUUCCAUUUCUUUUCACUCAUUAAUUUACGCACUAAUUUAAAAUGUUAAACUUAAAAUACCAACAGCGCCUGUAAUAUAAAUUUUUUCCCUUUUUUGUCGAAAUAAACCAGCACCGAUUGUUUCUGAAUUUCCCAGUAUAUAACAUGAAACCUAAUCAGUUUAAAUUACGCCCAGGAUUACGUUGUAAUGAAACCUUACAACCAAAAGAUUUUACAUAAAGCUUAGGUACAUUGCAGAAUAGGUACGUGUUCCAAUUUUCAGUAUGUUUGUUUAUGUUAUUGUCUCAUGAAUUGUCAUCAUCUUAUUGAUCUUUCAUUUUUUCCUUGA